AUGUUCCGUGUGCCUAAGGACGCUGCCUACAUGAAGAAGCUCGGCUCGAACAUUGCUUCGGGUGGUGCUGCUGGUGCUUCGUCGCUUGUCUUCGUGUACUCGCUUGACUACGCUCGUACCCGUCUGGCUAACGAUGCUAAGUCGGCUGCCAAGGGCGGUGAGCGCCAGUUCAACGGUCUUGUCGACGUUUACCGCAAGACGAUCGCUGUGGACGGUAUUAUGGGUCUCUACCGUGGCUUCUUCCCCUCGGUGGUUGGUAUCAUUGUGUACCGUGGUCUGUACUUCGGUCUCUACGACUCGCUUAAGCCUGUCCUCCUGCCAGGCAAGCUCUCGGAGAACUUCCUUGCUUCGUUCUUCCUUGGCUGGGGUGUUACCACGACUGCUGGUCUCGCCUCGUACCCUCUUGACACUAUCCGUCGUCGUAUGAUGAUGACAUCGGGUGGUGGUGUCGCCUACAAGAACAUGCUCCACGCCGCCUCCUCGAUCAUUGCUGCUGAGGGUGUUUACUCGAUGUUCAAGGGUGCCGGUGCCAACAUUCUCCGUGGUAUUGCCGCUGCUGGUACGAUCGCUGGUUACGACAAGCUCCAGCAGGUCAUGUUCGGCAAGGUGUACAAGGGUGGUUCGGGUUAA